GCUCUGGUUAGUGACCAGAUGGCAGUCGGCAUAAGAGAAGCCUUCCACCGCCGGUGUACACUACACCUUGCCCCUGUUUGAUCUUUGCCUUUUUGACUCUUCUGCACCACCUCCCGCGCACAGCAGGCAGUUCAUCUCCACUCACAUCCAAUUCUCUCCACGGGGACAGUCCUGGUCAGCCGGUCAAUUCAUCUCUAUAAAAGACUCAUCGACCUUCGCAAACACGCAGAGUAUCCAAAAUAUUUGCACAUGCCAUCCUUCACAGCUCCUCGAUUUCUAAUCCAAAUCUUUGAACCCCCUCUCCCUUCACCUUACAAUUCUUAUCUAGACGGCCGAGGUUCGCGCGAAUACAGCCCAUUCCAUCCCGAUUCCGCGUCGAUCACUUCUGACAGGCUCCACUGCUAUCAAUCCCUCCCUCAGUCACCGCUAUCCACACAUCACGCGAACCCUACAGCAUCACGAGCUUUUUUUUUUCCGCUGUGGAUUUCAGGCUGCGCAGCUCCAUAACCUCCACCCAUCGCCAUCCAUCUGAUUCAUCGCAGUUUUCACCCGCUGCAAGCCGAGACAUCGGACGGCAUAUCGGAGCGGUCUUGUACGUACAGUCGAACCCCCUGAAACUGCAUCCUCCAGAUACUGCAUAUACGCCAGUUAGAGCAUAAGAAUCGGCGGUCUGAAUUAAUUCCCAGCUACAACUGCAUAACUGCAUACUGCAUACGAAUCUCGGACAAUUUUUGGUACGUAUGCACUUACAGACUUGGUCUUGAGCGGGAAAAUCUAUAGUAUAGGGUCGAAUUUUGGUGUCUCGGCCAGUUGUUGGCUGCCUAUUUGGGCCUAGCUCCAAUCUAGAAACUGCAUAGAUGCUACUUAGUGCAUAGAAAUCCCAGGUCUGAAUUACAUGCAGUUUCAGGGGGUUCGACUGUACAUAUGCAAUCAGACCGGCGGCGCUAUCCGGCGGCGCUAUCCCCUUGGCCCCAAUUUGAACAACACCCGCCAAGCCGAACGGGCCGCCCUCGCGGCCUCUGGACCCGGCAGAAGUCCACGCUGAGUUGCUUGCGCCGUGGUCCGUACCCAGCGGCAGCGCGGCAGAGUGGCGACUGCCACAGUCACAUCCCGACGGCCGCCGGCCUAUUUUGAGCGAUAAGGCACGAUGAUCGGGUGGAUGAUUGCUUCAUUUCCAGGGUACGCUAGCGCAGGUACAGUCGCCUACCAGCCGUUUUCCUGCCCGCGCUCCAUUAGUGACGGGAACAUCAGUGAUGCACCUCACGUAGUAUUGUACCUACCGGGUAGCACCGGUAAUGUUGUCGGAUCGCACUUAUAACGCUUCUUUGCGCCCAAGGGCAGUCCGGUUCUGCGUUGCGUUUGUAUCCGUUUGAGCCCCCUCCUCCGAGUCCUCAACAAACCCCAGGCCUGUGCAUAUAUGCCCAAAACACAUGUCCCGAAGCGUUCUCUGGUUACCGGUCAGUGUCUGGAUGAUGAAAGAUCCCUCACUCUUAGACCAUGGACCUUGAACCUUGGCAAAGCUUGUCGACAAUCAAGCUUUCAACGAACACGGGUUAUCCCAGCCCUUUUCCCAACCUUCGAUCUGCGCAUUUGUUCUUUCAACAUUUCUGGAAUCCAUGACGCAAAGCCAGCGACAUGGAGAAACAAUCUCAACUCAAAACGUGAUCCGCAUCUCGAGUUUCACUACAUACUGCGGUGGCUUUCACGCGUCAUGUGAGAGGAGAGCAGUUCUCAGCAGGCAGAAUUCUGGCAAAUGUUUGUACGUCUGAUUUCUCAAAAAAAAAAAAAAAAAAAAAAGAAAAAGAAAAAAAAAAAAGAAAAAAAGCCAACAUUCACGCUAGUGAAGAACCAGGCACGAGUUGAUGGUGCAAUCUUGUUCUCAAAGCCGCAAAGGGGGUGCAACUUGAUGAACCCUGGUAACCAACAACGUCCCUUAUAUCCUGAACAUCAAGCACAAAGCCCCGCCUUCUCCCUUGUAUCAGAAAGGGAAUCUGAGGAUUUAUCGCGAGCACGGUCCCGACUCAUUGGUCAGGCACAUGGCAUUGUGUGCCUUGUGUGAAGAUAAACCUUCACCCCCAUCCCUGUGACACGUAUGAAUUGAAGGUUGUGCCAUCACGCCGUACACUACAGUUGAUCAUCAGAUGGAUGGGCCGCACUGCCCUCGUUCAACUCGCACAAAAGUCAGGCCCGAGUGUGUCCGACCAACUACCUCAAUGGCGGGGAUGAAGUGUUGGAUAAACCCAUGAAAGAUGAACAGGAAAAACACGUUGUUGCAUUGUGGAGAAAGAUACCAAUAUCAGACGGCUGGUCGACAGGUUAGUGAACCAACGUCCCCGUGUCAGACAAAUCGUACCUGCCUACCCCCGGGGCAAACCAUGAACUCGAAUGGCCCAGGUCUCCAAUACCAGAUGAGUAGCAACACAUAACUCGAUCAAAGUUGAUGAAUCAAUAAGAGAGAACUUCCCUAUUUAUUCACCUUCAGAGCAAGAGAGGCUACGGAUGCUUUCACAUCUCCCAUCCGCUGCCUCUGCCUCUCCCGUCCAAAGUUUGGGUAACACGAUAAACGGACGCAAUGAGAGCGGUAUUUGCCGUUGCCUUUCAGUUGUUCUUGUCAACAAUCAUCAUCUCUCAAUUAGCUUUGACUGCAACAUGUGUUCGAAUAGUAGUCAACGUCACGUAUAGCGAAUAUGUCGGAGAAGAACUUGGCAACGACGUCAGUCAAUGGCUUGGACUCCGGUACGCGGCACCGCCUGUUGGUGCCCUGAGAUUUGCGCCCCCACAAGAUCCGCCAUCUAACUCUGAGCCUCAAGCGGCAAAUAAGCAUGGGAACUGGUGUGUCCGAAGGCCGGGUAAUUCUCUGACUUCGGAGGAUUGCCUGUUUCUGGACGUCUAUGCACCGACACAAGCAACCACAAAGUCCAACCUCCCAGUCUUCGUCUUCAUCCAGGGCGGAGGAUUCAACGACAAUGCUAACCCGAACCUCAACGGAACUGGGCUCGUAAAGGCGAGUUCAAACAGCAUCAUUGUCGUUACACUCAACUACCGUAUAGGACCAUACGGGUUUCUCACCAACGGACAGCAAGUUGUUGCCAACAACGGGCUUCGAGACCAGCGCAAGGCUCUGGAAUGGGUGCAAAAGUACAUCAGCCAAUUUGGUGGUAACCCUGACCAUGUCGUUCUUGGAGGAGCCUCAGCUGGUGCGGCCAGCGUCGCUUACCACAUGAUGGCCGACAAGGACGGCAACAGAAAGCUGUUCCACGCAGCAGCUGCCGAAUCAGUCUCCUUCGGUACCGUCCUUACCGUCCAACAAGCCCAGUACCAGUAUGACAACCUGAUGAUCCGCCUCGGCUGUGCCAGAAGCGACGCCGCUGCCAGUCUGACCUGUCUGCGAUCCAAGACUCAACAAGAAAUUGCCGACAAGGACGGGGACAUCCCGUACCCUGGCUCGUCCAAUGGACCCAUCUACAUGUGGUCCCCCGUCAUCGACGGCGACUUUGUAAUAGACUACCCGUACUCCGCCUUCCGCAACGGCAACUUCAUCAAGAACAUCCCCGUCAUCUUCGGCGACGACACCAACGGCGGCAGCGGCUUCGUCCCUGACCGCAUCAGCUCCCUCGGCGACAGCAACCAGUUCAUCAAGGACCAGUUUCCUGCCAUCACCCUGAGCCAGCUCGACACCCUGAACAUGCUCUAUCCUAACCCGAACGCUUCGAUCUGUCCUAAAAUGGGCUGUUGGCGCGGACAGGCGGGAAGCGUCUACGGCGAGAUGAGGUACAUGUGUCCUGGGCUGUACCUGAAUGAUGCGUUUGACAACUACAACGAUCAAUACUCCAAGGGCACAAGCUCAUGGGCGUAUCGGUGGAACGUGGAGGACCGGGAUCAGAUGGCCAGCGGGCUGGGAGUGCCGCAUGUUGUCGAGCUCAAUGCCCUUUUUGGACCGGCGAACAUGUGGUAUACUGGCCAGGUGCCCCAGAGUUAUUUUCCGGGUGCGACAAACGCGGCGGCGGUGCAGGUAAUGCAGAGCUAUUGGGUCAGUUUCAUCAGGACUUUCAAUCCGAAUACGUUGAGGUGCUGUGGGGGCGUGGAGUGGAAGGCCUGGAAGAGCGGCGAUGAAGCCAGUGCACAGCAUCAGAGGUUGUUGUUUGGGACGGGCGGGAAGACGGCGAUGGAGGUGAUUCCAUUUGAUGAGGGGCUGGGGCUGAGGUGUAAGUAUUUGCAGGCUAUUGGGAGGAGCCUGCUGCAGUGA